AUUUGGCAUCUUUAAUCAUCAAGAAUAUACAAAAAAGUCUUAAAAUCAAUUCGAUUUUAAUAAUCUCUCUCUUUCAUUCUGUCUUUGCGCCAAUACCAUUUACCUCUCCAGUCUCCACCAUUUACGUAAUUAUUGUUAGUUACUCCUUCUCCCAGACGUUUCAAGUAAUCUUUUUUGUUCAUUUUUGUUUAUCACAUUUUGCUUUACGAAAGUCAAUUCAAAUAAAUUUUAAAGUUAAAUUAAAUUAGAUUAAUUUGAUAUUUUAAAAUUUUAAAUUUAAAUAUUCAAAAAUUAUAGGAAAGAUAUUAUGAAUAGCAAUCUUUCUUAUAUUAAUAUGAAGAAAAAAAUCAUCUUAAAAAUAUUAAUUAAAAUUUAUGCAAUUUAACUCUUGAAAUGUGAAAAGUAAAAAUGAACUAAAAAAAGAGAGUUGUUUAUUAAGUUUUUAAAAAAAAAAUCUAAAAUUUUAGUUUGGUAAUGGUAAAAGUAACUUUGUCAAUUCUCAGGUUUUCUCAUAUUUUAAUUUGCUUAUCAUUCAUCACAUCAGUUCUUUAAAGUUAUUCAUAACUUUCCCAAAAAUCAAAAGUAAGAAUAUGUUAAUUACAGGUUAGAGAAAGUUCUUAAUUUUCAUUUUUUAUAAACUCAGAUCAGUCCAUAAGCUAUGUCGAUAUUUGUCCAUAUUAUAUCGUGCUCAUUAUACGAUCCUUAAGUUUGCAUUUAAUACACACUUUUGUUCCAAAUAGCUAUCUUGCUAUUAUUUGUUUUAAUUUAUUUUGUUACUUCUUUGUUUUUAUUGGUUGAGCCGUUUCAGGAAUAACCUAUCUAAGAUAGAGGUAAUAUAUUACUUAAUAUUUAUGUACUCUCUAUCUCUUUUAAAUUUCUUUUUGUGAAAUUAUACGGAGUAUAUUAUCAAUGUUAUUAAACCUUUUAAUAUCUACUUUAAAUUUUAAUCCAAAAUAAAAAUGGUUAGAUAAAACAUGAAAACAUAGCUCACAGCUACUGAAUCCUAGUAGCAGUAACAUCCAAAUCUCUGCCUCAUUAUCAGCUUCCUCUCUCUCUCUCUAAAUCUCAGUUUGUCAUAAUGUUUGCUUCAACAACAAUUCCCUCAACCAUCUACACCUUUGUUUCAUUCAUAUUUGAAGCUCAAAGAUUGAAUCUUGAAGCCUUCUGUUGAAGCUCAAAGAUGGAAUCUUGAAGCUUUUUUCAUCAACCCAACGUUUGUUUUCAUUCAUAUUUGAAGCUCAAAUAUGGAAUCUUGAAGCUUUUUCCAUAAACCCAACGUUUGUUUUCAUUCAUAUUUGAACCUCAAAGAUGGAAUCUUGAACCCCUUUUCAUUUCACAGAAAAAUCACUGACAUGGGUACUAGCAAGCAAAGAUGGAGGAUUUCCUUUCACAAAUCUCCAUCAAAACACCCAGACAUUCCUAUAGAAUUCAUCUGUUCUAUUUCUGGUUCUCUCAUGGCUGACCCUGUAGUUGUCUCUUCUGGCCAUACAUUUGAACGCCACUGUGUUCAUGCCUGCAAAUCACUGUCCUUUACACCUCUUCUUCCUGAUGGCUCUGUCCCUGAUUUCUCCACCAUCAUCCCUAACUUAGCUCUCAAAGCCACAAUUCUCAAUUUCUGCCGUUCUUCUUUUCUUGAUCCUCCAAAACCCAUCAAUUUUCUCACAGCUGAAAAUCUUGUAUUCACGUUAAUGGCCACCCAAAAGGCCAAGAACCGGUUUGCUCAGCCGGAAACUGAGUUACACCGGGCGCAGAGUCAAAUAUCAGUGAGUUCUGAGGAAUCUGUGACUCCAAGGAGUGGACCUACUUGUUACUCUUCGUCUUCGGCGUCUGAUGUUGAUAACCUCAACACUAGUUCCAUUGAAGAAGAUGAACUUGUUGGGAAGUUAAAGAGUUCUAAUGUAUCUGAACAAGAAGAAGCUCUUAUCUCGUUUAGGAAAUUGACCCGAACCCGUGAAGAAACCCGGUUCGGGUUGUGCACUCCUCGUGUGCUGUCAGCGUUGCGGGUACUCAUUACCUCAAGGUAUGCUUCUGUACAAGUUAAUUCAGUAGCUGCAUUGGUGAAUUUGUCGUUAGAGAAUCGAAACAAGGUGAAAAUUGUUCGUUCUGGAAUUGUUCCAUGUUUGAUUGAUGUGCUGAAAAGUGGAUUUCAAGACUCACAGGAACAUGUUGCUGGUGCACUUUUUAGUUUAGCGUUAGAUGAUCAGAACAAGACUGCAAUUGGGGUUUUGGGUGCACUGCCUCCACUUCUUCAUGCCCUUCGCUCCGAUUCGGAGCGAACUAGGCAUGAUUCGACUUUGGCUUUGUAUCAUCUUUCUUUGGUUCAGAGUAACAGGGCUAAGUUGGUGAAACUCGGGGCGGUUCAGGCAUUAUUGGGAAUGGUUAAAACGGGUCAUAUGAUGGGUAGGAUCCUGUUGAUACUUUGUAACCUGGCAGUCAGUUCUGAAGGGAGAGCAGCAAUGCUUGAUGGGGGUGCAGUGGAGUGUUUUGUAUGUAUGUUGAGAAAGGGGGAGUUUGAUUCGGAGUCAACUCGUGAGAAUUGUCUUGCUGCAUUAUAUGGACUAAGUCAUGGUGGGCUUAGGUUUAAAGGGUUGGCUAAAGAGGCUGCUGCGGAGGAGUUGUUGAUACAAGUUGAGGAAAUGGGAAGCCAAAGGGCCAAGGAAAAAGCUAGAAAGAUAUUGGAGGUUUUGAGGCAGAAGGAUGAAGAGGAGGAGGAAGUUGAUUGGGAGAAACUGCUUAACUCGGAUGAUGAUACGAGUCAAACACGGUUAAGUUCUUCAUAGCUCUUGUUUGUUUUUGUUUCUUCAUUGUCUGCUAUUUCAUUAUUUUCUGAGAAAUGGCUUGUAAUUAGGCACGGCGUUCUCUUUGCAUAGCUGUUGAUAGCAUGAUUUUGGUUUUGGUUUUGCUCUUCUGUCUUCUGAGAUCAUGUGACAGUCGACAGGGUAAAUAAUGUUGGAGUGUAAAGAAAAGAUUCUGAACAGUGUGUGUUUUUGGACAAAAGAGGUUGUCUUUAAAAUGAACUCAUCGUCUCCUAAUACUCUUCCAUUAAUGCUAUCUUCACUUUUCUUGUU